UUAAACAAAUGGACUUUUGUGCAAACAAACCAGAAGAGAGGGAGAGGGAGAGGGAGAGGGAGAGGGAGGCGAUGCCCACCCUAACGCGGCUCUAUUCGAUGCAAGAAGCCGCGCAGCACAGCACGAGAGAGGACUGCUGGGUCGUCAUAGAUGGCAAGGUUUACGAUGUAACAAAGUAUUUGGAUGAUCACCCUGGAGGAGAUGAUGUUCUCAUAUCGGCUACUGGCAGAGACUCAACAGAAGAAUUUGAAGACGCAGGGCACAGCAAAACUGCCAGAGAACUCAUGAAAGAUUACUGCGUGGGAGAGAUUGAUAAAUCUCAUGUAAAUGUGAUUUCUGAGCUUGAGAUAUUCACAAAGGAAAAACCUUCGAACUAUGAAUUGUUCAAUAGUCCCACAUUGCUUAAUUGGCUUCUGCCUGCAGCAUUAGUUGGCCUUUCUGUCUUGGCAGCUGCAGUUUUCUAUACACGGAAGAAGUGAAGAGUUUUGGAAUGAUUCAAACAUAUUUGCAUUUUUUGACCCUAUAGAAAGCAUUAUGUAAUUCUUAAUCUCAAAUAUGAGAAGAUUUUUUUUACAUGCAUAUUCUUGAUAGAACUGUGUUAUAGAUUCUUGUCCUGAUAUGUAUGUUUAUACAAUUACCAAUAUAAUAUGGGAAGAUUUGCAUA